CCCUAAUCGAUCUUGCCGAUCAUGAAAUAUAUGAUCAACCAACUAAAUUUGUGAAAAACAGAAUAAUGAUUCAUACGACUUUACCACCACACGCUCCACCAAACGAAAGUACGAGGGGUGGGGUAUACCACCCUACGCUCCAGGAAAUACAGAAAGACUCGAUUUCUUUGUUGGCUCAGGAAUAUUGGCUGGCAAAAGAUCCUACUGCACGAGAAUGGGAUCCGAAUAUAGUCGAAGAGAUUUAUUUUAAGGAAUUGGAACGUAAUCGUUUUGAAACUAAAAAAUUAAUGCUGCUUGAGUUCAGUCAGUACCUGGAAAAGUAUCUUUGGCCAAACUUUAAUGGUGAAAAGGCUUCUUUAGCACAUGUUUUAUCUAUCGUUUUAAUGGUUAAUGAGAAAUUCAGAGAACGCGUAUCUGUUUGGGACUGCUUCGUAAACAUGCCUGAUCAGUUUUCUUCAUUUUUCAUACGCGUACUUCGCUUAACUAUAUCUCCAUUGUCGGAUACUCUUACACUUCAAGUUAGACGAUUCCUAUUAGUCUUCUUGAUUCAUGCUUUCCAAAGUUUGGAAAACCAGUUAUUAAGGACAGAAUGCAUGAUUUUGGUGUCACUUGUAACAUGGCAUUGUUUUGGCUCUUCAUCACUUCGUGAACAAGAGUUUGCAUCUGAUAAAGAUCUUAAAAAAAGGUGGAACGCUUUUGCAAAAAGGUUUAAAAAAGCAGAUAAUGCGCAAAAAGAACUUCUUAUAUUUCAAAGGACUUGGAUAAGUAACCUUAUGAAAGGAUUCGUAAAAAUUUUAUAUUCAAUACCUGAAUCUGGUGAUGCCGAUGAUGAUGCUAUUGCAUAUUGUGAACGUUUUUUGGAAUUUUUAAUCGAUCUUGAAGCCCAAUUACCAACAAGAAGAUAUUUCAACACACUUCUUGAAGAUCAUCAAAUAUUAAUUCUAUGCAAAUUAGCUCCAUUACUUAAACGUAAAGAAGAAAGUGAACUUUUUAAGCAACUUUUGGAAAUAUUAAAGUUUUAUGCCGGUUUCGAAAUUCAUGAUCAUACCGGAUUAGCGUUGACAGAUGAUCAAAUGACAGAGUUACAUUUUGUGAAAACCCAAUUUUAUUCCGGUGAUACCCCACUAGCUCUUCCAAAACUCAAUUUACAAUUCCUCACUAUUCACGAUUAUCUUUUAAGAAACUUUAAUUUAUUUCGUCUGGAAAGUACUUAUGAAAUUAGACAAGACAUUGAAGAUGUUGUCAAGCGAUUGGCUCCAAGAAUAAUAUAUCCGUCUGGUAGAACUGAAUUUACAGGUUGGGCACGAAUGGCAAUAGAGAUUGAACAAUUUAGUAUUGUAGAAGUUUCUAAACCAAAUCUCGGUGAAAGUAAACCUUCACAAGUCAAAGCUGAUGUGACAUUUAAUCUUGGUCGAUACACUGAUUCUAUUCAAAAUGAAUGGGAUUCUUUAAGGCAACAUGAU